CAUAGGCGAUACUGCCAUUUUACACAUGAAGUUUAACUGAAAAAAUGAAUAAUCAGCUACCUAACAAAAAACAUUUGUAAAAUGUAAGAACCAUUUGUAAAUGCCUUCAGAUUAAAACAUAUGGAACACGGCAAUUAAAGGAUACGGAAAAACUCGGUGUCACUGCUACAAGACCUCGACACGAUCACAGGGAAGCUUGAGAGAAAAUACACUAAUCAUAUGCUAUUUUGUAACGUCUUCAAAAUCAGUCUAGCAGCAAUCAUCUAACCAGCGCGAACGUUGUGUGAUCACCAACCGAGCAGUGGUAGGCUAACUAAUCAAUGAUUGCUGCUGUUCAUGUAGUAUACUGUACUGGCUGUACACUAACCGGCAUCAUCACCAUUAGAAAGAUUUUAUGGGGAUACAUUCACGACCAUCCGAACGAAUCAUUAUCGGCUGAUUUCGGUGUGCUCGGUUUUGGAUAAGGUUUUGGGAUUUGUAUGUGUGGACCAUUGGAUUGCCAAUAAAAUAUAUGGUUUACUGACUGUAGCCGUAUAUUUUAUUUGGCUGCCGUAUGAAUUCUGCCAUCGGAUUCGCGUCAGUGUACGUUUUUUGUUUCCAGACGGGCAAUCUGUUUAGAGGGCACGCUCCCAAUCACCACUAAAGACAUUUUGAUUUCUAAUUCCCCGAUUACUUGCUUUUGGAACAUGUCUGGACAGUCUAUCACGGAUCGGAUCGCUGCGGCUCAGCACAGCAUGACAGGAUCCGCUAUAAGCAAAGCCGUCUGCAAGGCCACGACGCAUGAAGUCAGCGGACCAAAGAAGAAACACCUUGACUACCUGAUCCACUGCACCAACGAGCUGAACGUGAGUGUCCCCCACCUGGCUGACACAUUGUUUGAGAGGACGGCCAACAACAGCUGGGUGGUGGUGUUCAAAUCCCUCAUCACCACGCACCACCUCAUGAUGUACGGGAACGAGCGAUUAAUCCAGUACCUGGCGUCCAGAAACACACUUUUUAACCUGAGCAACUUCUUGGAUAAGGGGGCAUUACAAGGUUAUGACAUGUCAACGUUCAUCAGACGCUACAGCAGGUAUCUGAAUGAGAAGGCCCUGUCCUACAGACUGGUGGCUGUGGACUUCACCAAGAUGAAGAGAGGGGUUGAUGGUAUGAUGCGCACCAUGACCGUUGACAAGCUGAUCAAGACUCUACCUAUCAUUCAGAAUCAGCUGGAUGCUCUGCUGGACUUUCAGGCUAACUCUAAUGAAUUGACCAAUGGCGUCAUCAACAGCGCCUUCUUGCUGCUCUUUAAAGACUCCAUCCGCCUCUUUGCUGCCUACAAUGAAGGAGUUAUCAACAUGCUGGAGAAAUAUUUUGACAUGAAGAAGAACCAAUGCAAAGAUGCCCUGGAGAUCUAUAAGACGUUUCUGAACAGAAUGACCAAGCUGUCAGAGUUUCUCAAAGUUGCAGAGCAAGUUGGAAUUGAUCAGGGUGACAUCCCCGAUCUCACACAGGCCCCUAGCAGCCUCCUGGAAGCUCUGGAGCAGCAUCUGGCCUCUCUGGAGGGGAGGAGAACCAAGGAGCUUUCCACAGACACCAGAGCCAGCACCUUAACCAGUGCUGUAUCGUCACUGUCCAGUACUGGAAUCUCCCUCAGCCUCAUGGAACAGAAGGAGGACCCAAACAGCCUCCAGGAUGAGGGAGCCAAGGUGAUUGACAUGCAGACACCCACCAUCUCUCCCAGUGCCCAGUCAGUGGGCAGUGCCAGCAGUGGGGCCACAGAACUCUUCUCCAACUCAUCUGUUCUAUCCGGUACAAAUAACGUGCCAAACCUCACCAGCGACCUAUUCAACGUCCAGCCCGCCUACAACCCAACCAUCCAGACAACACACACUGUACCGUCUAACAGCAACGCCUGGGGAGGUUUGGGGCUCCCAGGGGAUCUUCUGAAGCCAGCUCAGCCGACUCACGUCCACUCCCACAGCCCUGGGAUCCCGCUGCACUCUGGGGGGAAGAUGAUACCCAGCCACCUCGACUCCUCUUUAGCCAACCUCGUUGGUAACUUGCAGUUCGGAGAAAUACCAGCCAAAAAGCCAGAGCUCCAGUGGACCCACCUGGUAGAGAAGAGGCCCACAGGGGGGACUCACUGGCAGGCCAAAACCACCUGCACCACCCCCAACUGGAGCCACCACACACUCAUGGCUCCUCAAGCUAUGCCCAUACCACAGCUGCGGGAAUCGAACAUGGGUUCCUGGCGUUGCAAGAGUAUCCUGCUUACUCUCACCAAAUAUAAUGUUAAGGACAAGCCGGCGAUGCAAAAGAAUGGAAUGAUCUAUACUGGCUAUGCUCCAGCACCAGUCGCUUUUCCCAUGACGACACAGCAGCUGCCUGUUUAUGGAAUGAUGCCUCCUCAUCAGAUGGGGCAGAUGGGUGGAGUCCCUAUGAUGGCACCACAGUCUAUGAUGUACAACCAGCCUGUCCUGCGACACACCAAUCCAUUUGCCCCCAUGCCAGGAGCCCAGGCUUAUUUUCCUAUGCAGAUGCACUUCAUGUAGGACCGGGAGUAUUUUACCAUGACAGCAAAGCAGAGAGACAAAACAAACCAAUCCAGAACCAAAUACAAUGCAAGAUAGAGGAGCAGAAGAUCGGGGUGGAGACAGACUGGAGAUGUGUUGGUGUCCGUGCUCUUUCAGUGGCCUCUGUGGAAUAGAACCUCUGUCACAUUGUGUAUCAUGACUGAUAGUCCCAUCCAAGUCUUUUGAAAAGUCACAGCUCACAUUCAUUCUGUAUUUCAUUUGAUCAUUUGAAUGGGUAAUGUUCUGUCUGUUGAACCCCUGGUACGAUGACUGCUGUAUUCCAGUUUGGAGCUUGGCCCUUUGUAGUGAAUUCCAGACAACUGCCAGCCCCCAUCCACCGGUGUCUAUCUCUUUCUCUAAGAGUUUGCACGCACUUUAAUCAAUGUCCACAUGCGCAUUGUCCACUUAGCAUCUCAUACAAACCACUACAGUACCGCUACGUCUUUCCUCUCCAAGGUUCCUGUCAGAGUUGCUGUUGCCAUCGUUGUAACAUGCAUAAGUGUGUCCUUUUUUUUGUGUGUAUUUAAAUCAAUGUACACCACCAUCAGUAUUCAUUCCAUUUUGUUGUAACUGCAGAUUCCACAGCCAGUUGUAGUAAGACCUUGGAUAAAUGGCUUGGAGACACAUGUUGUGUGUAUGUACUGUGUAUCUGUCUGAGGGUUAGGUAGCACCUCAGACAUCUAAAUGUACAAAGGCUAUUGUGUAUUGUUUUCAUAGGUUCCUGUGAAAGCUGUGGUCUGCAUGGCAUUGACUGGCCACUGCUGGUUCACGUCUACAUACAUCUACAAACUGAAAGUAUUACUCUUAUGAAAGCAAUGAAGAAGGCCCACUCAUAAUUUCAUAUGUAACGUCAUAACACAUUCUGCCUCUGCUGUCUCGUCCAUUGUUCGCUCUGCUUGAGGUUGUUUUAUAUGAUCCAUGUUUCUUGAGCUGCUACAACAGAUUCUGCUCUUUGAAACUGGUUGCGUUUUUAUAGAUAGAUGUGCUGUUCUUGUAAUGGUCCUACCAGUCUUGCCCUGUCUGUGAGUAAACGUUGGGAGAGUGCGUUCUUUGUUUUUCUUCUCCAGCUAAAUGUGCUGCUCCAGGUUGAGGCCUACUGAGUGGUUGUGUUUCUGAGUGGCAGUUAUUGUAGUGUAGCUCCUCACCAACCACUGGGGAAUGUUGUUGAGGAGCUCUUUCUGAGACUGCGUCCUGAGACAGUGAAACUGACACUUGCUCUAGUGAAUCAGCAACUAUCUGACAUACCGUUGCUAACAUCAGCCCCAGAGAGAGCCUAGCUGUCCGGAACUUUAGCAGAAGGCAGGAGACAAGUGAGGAGGAAGUACAGGGAUCUGUAAAUGUGAUCAAGGGUCAUGUCUGUCAAACUCCCAAAAGAACGAACGGUGACAGACAGCAUAUAUAGCACAAACCCUGGAGGGGUGAGCGUUCUACUGCACAAAACUAAAACCCUUGCUGGGAUGUAUAGUCAAAGGGGCUGGGGAAAGCUUUGUUUUCUAUUGAUUGUGUUUCUCUAUGUCCAUGCCUUCCCCGUGAGUUAAACAGGGUAGUGAUCCUCCACGAGGCCUCCCAGCUCCUGGGUCCUCCGAGGUCAAUGAGGUCACUGAAGUCAUCCAGGCAAUCCGGUAGCGUGUAUUUAGCAAUGAGUAGUCAAGUGUCGUAACGUGUCUCAAUACAUGUCCGUCUGUUAGAUUGCUAUAGAGCCUCUCAUUCUGCUAAUCAUUGGCCUGUCGGACUACUGCAUUCUGAUCUGUGACCAGCCCACAUUGUGUAGAUGUUAUUAGAAACGUUGUAGUUCAGUCUCAAUGUCCUCUGUGUCAGUUAAAUGGUUUCAUGCAAGUUUGUGCAGUCCCAUAGACCAAUUCUGACCGUUCUGCUGUCCUCUGUAUAUAACCUCAUGUGUUUUUGAUGUGUUCUCUGUAAGUGAUGGCCCAUGGAGAUGCCAUGGGUUGUUAUAGCUGUGUCUGUGGUGGGGUUAUUGUGUUUGGAGAUGUGAUGGGCUGUUCGUCUGUAAUGUUUGUCUACAUCUUGAUGAGGGAUGGGGGUUGGGUUCAACAGUAUCACAACUUGUCUACCAAGAGUGUCUUCAUUGUGGCAGUGGACACUGUCCUCUCAGUCCGUACAGGAACAUUUUGCACCAAAGUCAUCAAGCGCAGCUUUUCUCAAGGUCACAUUGCUGAUAUCCAAUUUGAAGGAAUUUGAUUUCAGAGACCCAAGUCUUUAUGCAUGAUUAGUGUUGUCUUUUUAUUGACUUGUGUGCCCGGUAAAAAGCAUGAUCAUGUGUGAAAUUGCACUUACCAUGUGUUUGCAAAACAAUAUUUUACUUACCUCUUUACAGAAGCAUCCAUUGGAAUUCAUAAAUGUUUGUCCCACCAGAUAUCCAGACGUCUGUGUUGCAUUCAAAAUGCAAUUCGGAAGCUCUAUCAAAUCAGUUGAGACCACGCGUUUGUGAAACAACAUGAAUGUGAAUGACAUGCAUCACCUAUAGCUAGCUAGACAUUAGUCUGCAAAACCCCUCUUUAUUAAAGCGUUGCUAUUUGCAAUACAUUUGUUGAAUGCUUGCUCUUUUUUGAGUACUCUGACAACAUUUUUUGGACAUCUCUAAGGAUGUCUUGUCCCCUUGUCAUUGGACCACAUCAUUCUUUGCCAAUAAGCUUCCUUUGUGUUUGCAGUGGAAAAUCUCACUCCUAUAUCUUUUGGCCACUGAAAGAUGUCAACAACAUGCGUUUUCACUUUUUUUGCCUGACGUUCUCUGGUUAUAUAUAAUAUAUGCAUAUUUCACAAUGUGAGAACAGUAUUACCUACUGUAUACCAUACUGUCUGUCUGGAAACUGUCAUUUUUCCUGUGAUGAAAGCAUUGUCCAGGAUGUCUUGUUUGAGGAGUGAGGGCCCAUACCUUUUGAUUUUGUACAUCAAAUGUAUUGAUAAUACAUAAUACACUGUAUUGUCAAUGAUAAGUUACAUUGUUAUAAACAAUUGGUUCUUAUUUUAAAUGCAGAGGUUGUUGUUUUUGGAAUAAAAUGUCAUAUUUUG